AUGGUGCUGUUUGACGAAGUGAGGAAGCUGAUGGACGAGAUGAUGAAGGUGACGAUUUUCCAGCCGUCUGAGAAACGACGAAUGCUGAAAGAUGAAAAAAAAACUUUCCUGGAUCCAAAUAUAGUAAUGGAUGCGAGACAUAAAAUAUUUCGCGAAGAUUUGGCAAGUUCUUCAGCAAAGUCUUCUGUAUUAACGCAGGCUAAAAGAUUAUUAACGCAGGAAAAAAUGAAGGAACUGCAGGUGAAAAGAGAACAAGCUUUCAUACAGAGAGAAUUACGCAAAUUUGAGCAAGAUUUGCAAAAGUCCCGUCCUAAAUUUUGUGGAUUGUGCAGUAGAAAGAAUAUAGCUAGUUCGGAUGAUGAAAACUUUUGGAGGACAUCCAGCAGAAUAAAAAGAUUUAAAUUUUUGGGUAUCCUUUUUUGAACAUGGCUUGAAAAUAAAAGAAGGAACAAAACGAUUGAGCAAAAGCCAACAGUCGUUCAGAAGAAAAACAAACUAAUCGCGGAAGUCUCUUUUGCCGAAUUGAAGGAUAGUAAGCGAUGUUCGACAAACGAGAUCAAAAUAGCGUCUUUUGGUAACAUUAAGGUGACCAUUAAAGAUAAACCAAGAUACGAAUCGGAAGAGCAACGAUUAAAUAUUUUAAGAUCAUACUUCGAAGCACUUCGAGAAAAUGCGCGGGAUAAACGCCAUCUUUGCGAAAUCGUGACUCGUAUUCAGAAUAUCUUGUUGCAGAGAAAACUGAAAUCGUACAUUCAUCUAUGGAAGAUGCAUGUGAAGAAAGUGAAAACUCAGCGAGAACAAGCAGCGAAAAAUCCUGACGUGCCGAAGAUCGAGAUGUUCAUCGACACUAUCAAAGAGACACAAAAGGAGUUAAAGUCAAGCCAAAGAACGAAGUCAAAGGAUUCUCCCUCAAACUCUAAAGACUCUGAAUCUCAGAAGAAGAAGCCUCCUUCCAAGCCGUUCAUUAUCGAGUCGCCGGCACAGUGUCGAUUAAACGCUCAGAAAGAGAUCAUUUGCAAGCAGAGGAUGAAAUUGGCAGAACAAAGCAAGAUCAUCGAGGAACUGAAGCUGAAGCAAGUACAGGAGGAAAUAAUGAGAUCCGGCGAGGAUAUGGUGAACGCAGCUAGGGAGACUCUGACUCAUUGCGGUCAGCAAACUAGAAGGUCUUUGAUCCAACUGAUGAGACAAGCAGGCUAUAGGGACAAAUCCCUGAUAGCGCCAGUUCGGGUACCGAGUCCUCCUAAAUUUUUAGCAAGGAUGGAAGCUCGGGCGGAAGCGAGGAGAGACAGAAUAAAGCUGCGCGAAGAAGCACGUCGGAAGAAACUAGAGGAUGAGAAGAGGAAAGAAGAGGCUGCCAGGAGAGUGGAGGAACAAGAGAGGAAAAGAUUGCAACAAGAGGCAUUGCGCGAAGCGAGAAGAAUGCGUGAGGAACGGGAACGACAACGAGCGCACGAAGUAGAAAGAUAUAAUAAAUUAAAUCUCAUGGCGGAAGCAUUUUAUCGCAAAUACUUGUUGCGACGUUAUAUAACCGCGCUCAUCGAAAAGAAGAAUAAUGAUAUGAAGAAAGCCGAUGACUAUUACAAUCGGUGCUUGCUGCAAAAAGUGUUCAUGAUGUGGAGUAUGGAAACGGAACGUCAGAAUAAAGUUAAAUUCGAACUAGCUACAUCGUUGUAUAACAGAAAUUUAUUGCGGUAUGGAUUGCAAAAGUGGAAAGAAGUUAUGAUGGAGGAGAGAAGAAAAGACCAAGUGGCGACAGACUUUUGCGACAUGAGAUUACAAAAUAAAUACUUCAAAAUGUGGAAAAUAAAAACUAUGGAAUAUAAAUUAGAAGAAUUGAAGCGUGAACGUUUAGCCUUACAACACUACGAAGAAAAGUUAAAAAUUAAGUAUUUCAAUAUGUGGAAAAGAUAUCCAGAAAUGAUACCGGUUAUCUUGGAGAGAAAGCGGAUAAGAAACAUGUGGCGGGAAAUAGUCCAAGAAAUAAUCCCAGACUUUGACCCCAGGCAAAGAGGUGUAAUAUUAGAAGACUAGUGUAACUAAUUUAGAAAUAACUUAGUUUUAAUACUGUAUGACAAUCGUUGGCCUCGAAUCUGAAUGAGGAAGUGUUAGUCCUAAAUACACGCAAAAAUAACAUUCUUUUGUGUAAAAUAAAACGCAAAUCAUUACU